GCGAUCAUCAGUGGCAGUGUUUUUGUUUUGGCAAAACGUAAACAAAAUAAUUGUUUCGUCUAAAAUAUUGAUAAAUACGCGUUCCGUCGACAACAAAAUAUGAAUCGGACUAAAAGGGGAGAAAUCUACGAAUGGCCCAAUAACAAAUUCACAUUUGUUUGUGUUCGCUGCUCGGAUGAAUUCCAACAGUUCAGCGAGUUUACAUUGCACGUUCAAACGCAUCUGCAUUCGGACCUUAAGGGGAUCACACAGGACUCGGUGGUGAGCGAUCUGAAUGAAUUGGAUCAGCAAUCGAAAAUUCAACUCAUCGCCCCGAAUAACAUAAAAAAGCUUGAAGAUAGUGAUGACGGCAAUGAGUUUACCGAUCAUUUUACUGAAUCUGCAUACAAAGUCGAAUCGUCAACAAGUGAAGAUGGGAAUAUUCGAAGGCGCCGGCCGACUCAGAAAAACUUUGAAUGCUUCAUUUGUCACAAGAAAUUAACGAGUUCAUUUGUGGUGAAGCGACACAUGAUGAAAAUCCAUCGGUACGACGACCUCAAAUGUAAAUAUUGCAACACGAAAUUCCGGACGAGUCGCUACUAUGAACGGCACAAUGCGAACGGAUGCAUGUCGCAUCCAGAUCGAGCGAAAUUUGUGUCUCAAAUGCCAAUCAUCGACAAACCGAUCGAACCAGUUCGAACCUACGAGUGUGCGGUGUGUAAAAGGAUUUUCCGUGACCGUCGCCAGCUGCAAAGUCAUAUGACGAAACACAAACAAAGUCCGUGUCUGUGUUUGAUUUGCGGCAAAUUAUUUAGCGGAGACCGGACGUUGGCUCGUCACAUGAAACUACACGAUUCGACCAACGAAUCACAUCCGUGCACCGAAUGUGGAAGAAAAUUUAAGCAAAGGCGCUACUUGCUGGAUCACAAUCGAAAAGUACAUAAUUUGUACGCUGACGAUGGCCCAUCGACCUGUGAGUCUUGCGAGCAACAAUUUCCCAACAAACGAUUGCUUCAAAUUCACAUGCAGACACAUCCGUUUGUGGAAAAGCGCAAGUUUCCGUGCACGAUGUGUAACCAUUCGGCCAAGUGUGCGUACGACCUACGGCGACACCUCGAAACGCACAGCAUAGAAAAUCGAUCGUUCGUCUGUCCGAUUUGCGACAAGAAACUGUUACCGCGAUAUGCGAACGAUCACAUGAAAUCGCAUGAUUCGACUCGCAGCUUUGAAUGCAACGAAUGUGGAAAGCAAUUUAAGCGAGCCAAGACAUUGAAGCGACAUCAAAACACUCAUCAAACGGUGUCGGAAAAUCGGGCAACAUACAAAUGUGAUGUAUGCACGAACACGUUUGCUCGGAUGGAUGGUCUGCUGAGGCAUCGACGUCGACAUAGCGUUCCAAUGAACUAUCAUUGCCGAAUUUGUGGCAAAGGGUUCAUCGAACAGAAGUCAUUUCUGUUUCAUGAGGCCAAUCACACCAAAGGUAAUUUCAAAAGCGAACAAAUUUAGUGGACACCAUUGGCGAAGCACACCCGAAAUGUAAAUUUUGAUUUGAAAUUAAAAUUUAUUUUGAUGAAAA